GUAUAUUCAAUUAUAUUGUAUAAUAUAUCUAGAUCUAAGUCCUAAGUUAGAUCUAUAAUCGGUAUGCUAUAAUCUACACUUAGAUUUAGUUUUCUAGCUUAGUUUAUAGUUAUAACAGAGAGUUAAAAGAAAAUGACAUUGAAACGUGAAGUGAUCUGCUUGUGUUUUAUUCUAAAUCUAAUCGCCACAAUCGUAUUUUGUAAUGCCCACUACAUAACUUCAAAUGGAGAAAGAUUAGAAAAUGUUGCCAUCUCUAAAACACAAGGGCAGCCUUGGCCAAUGCCGCAGUCUUACAAGCCUUCAGGAAUUGUUAUAAAUUUAGAUGUAGUUGACUUCCAAUUUAUCAACGUUGGGGUAAAUUGUGAAUUUCUGACAGAUGCAUUCAAAAGAUACUCGAAAAUCAUUUUUGCAUCCAAUUCACCUGCAAGGCCCUUAAACUUCCAACAAGAAUCUAAAAUUAAAAGUUCUGACUCUGUGCUGAAUACACUUUUGGUGAAUUCAAAAACAGGAGGACAUGGAGGACCAAGUUUUGAAAUGGAUGAAUCAUAUACUCUGUCUAUUACACCAACUGGAGCCUUGUUGAGUUCCAAUGAAACUUGGGGUGCUAUUAGAGGCUUAGAAACAUUUAGUCAACUUGUUUAUCGCCUUAACACUGGAGAAUUUGUUGUGAAUGCUACUGACAUCGUUGAUUUUCCAAGAUUUAAACAUAGAGGAGUGCUUCUUGAUACAUCAAGACAUUAUUUAAAAAAGGAAUAUAUUUUUCAAAAUAUUGAAGCUAUGGCCCAAAAUAAAUUCAAUGUAUUUCACUGGCAUAUUGUUGAUGAUCAAUCAUUUCCAUACUACAGUUCAUCUUUUCCCGAUCUUAGUGGAAAGGGUGCUUAUAAUCCCAGAACACAUGUCUACACACCUGAAGAUGUAAAUGAUAUAAUUCAAUUUGCCAAAUACCGUGGAAUUAGAGUAAUGGUUGAAUUUGAUUCGCCCGGCCAUACAUUGUCUUGGGGAAAUGGUCAGCCAGGGCUACUUACAGAAUGCUACAGUGGUGGACAGUUCAAUGGCAAUUAUGGACCAAUCAAUCCAGCUUUAAACACAACAUUCCCAUUUCUCAAGCAGUUCUUUGCUGAAGUCGCUCAAGUUUUUCCUGAUCACUAUAUCUUUCUUGGUGGUGAUGAAGUGGAUUUCAGUUGCUGGAAGACUAAUCCUAUUAUAACAGCCUUCAUGCAAAAGAUGGGUUAUGGAACUGAUUACUCUAAAAUAGAAGAGUAUUAUAUGCAACAGUUGCUAGAUAUAAUUUCAUCCCUAAACAAAGGCUACAUGAUAUGGCAGGAAGUUAUUGAUAAUGGUGCUAAGGUAGCUGCAGAUACUGUUGUUGAUGUCUGGAAAGGAGGUUGGGAGGAUGAAAUGGCCAAAGUUACUGCCAUGGGUUUGAAGACAUUACUGUCAUCAUGUUGGUACCUUGAUUACAUCAGUUAUGGAAGUGAUUGGCAGAGAUACUACCAGUGUGAUCCACACAAAUUUAAUGGCACAGAUGCCCAGAAAAAUUUAGUUCUUGGUGGUGAGGCAGCAUUGUGGGGUGAAUUUGUUGAUGAUACAAACCUUACACCAAGAUUAUGGCCUCGUGCUUCAGCUGUAGCUGAAAGACUGUGGAGUCCAGCAAUGUCAGAUAAACUUGAGUUGAAAGCUGUGGAGAAUCGGAUGGCAGAGCACAGAUGUCGUAUGGUCAGGAGAGGUAUUCCUGCCGAAGAGCCACUUGGACCAGGAUACUGUGACUUAGAGUUUUAAAGGUCAGGUGAAUAUUUCACAAUGGAGAGAACUUCUUCAAAACAACUUUUAUUUGUUUUGGGGUAAUAGCAUUGUCAAAAUGUGAUAAUUUUUUUGUACUUAAUUUAGAUAUUUGCCAACUGUGCAUUGAUUUUUUAUAUUAAAAUAAUUGUAACUAACCGUUCACACAUUCCUUUUUUAUUAUUUUGUAACAAAAGUGUUAUUUGCCACAUUGGUGUAAUGUACAAAUUGUGAGACAAAGUUCCUUAUUGAUAAUAAUGAUUAUUAUUAUAAUAAACUAUGCAAAAAAAAAAAUAAACAAUGGC